AUGAGUAAUUCGGUAUCCAUAGAUUUUGCAAAAUUACUUGAAAAUCCUGAAUGUUAUAACGUAAAAAUUAUAGUUGGUGAGGAACCGAACAUUGAAGAGUUUAAAGCACAUUCGUUAAUCUUAUCUAGUAGAUCGACAUAUUUUAAAAGUGCAUUAUCUUCACGAUGGGCAAGGGUGGAAAAUGGGAUUACCAUUUUCAAUAAACCCAAUAUUUCUCCGUCAGUAUUUAAAGUACUUUUAAAAUAUAUAUAUACAGGAGUAAUUUCCGCAGAAAGCAAUGAAGUUAGCUUUGUUGAUAUUGUUAUUGCAAGUGAUGAGCUUCAAUUAAUUGAAGUCUUUCAACGAUUCGAAGAAUAUUUGAUUGAGGAUGAAUCUAAUUGGAAACAAAUGGACAUAGUUACAGUUCUUCAGCACGACCACUUUACUAGCUUGUAUAAUGUCGCGAUAAAAUUGGCGUGCAAAAACCCGGAAGUUAUUUUUAAAUCAGAGGAUUUCUUUAGGAUGAAAGAAGCUCAUCUCAUUAAUCUUUUAAAAUGUGAUGAUCUUGAAUUAGACGAAAUUGAAAUAUGGGAAUACGUAAUUCAAUGGGGGAUCGAAAAUACCACUUCAAUUUUAGAUGAUGAUUUAACGAAAUGGACACCGGAGAAUUUCACGGACCUCAAAAUUACUUUAAGUAAUUGCAUUUCUCACAUUCGAUUUUUUCAAAUGUCUCCUGGCGACUAUGCAAAAGUUAGAAAUCAAUUUAAAGACAUUCUACCCGACGGUCUUGAUAGUGAAGUUACUCAAUAUUUUUCGGAUCCUAAUUUUAAACCCUCUGUCAACAUUUUACCAUUAAGAAAACAUUCAUUUGAUUCAAUUAUUAUUAACUCUAAAGAUGCAGGCAUAAUAGCAAGUUGGAUUGAUAGGAAAAAAACGCCAUACUAUUUUACAAAUAUACCUUUUAAAUUUAAGCUUAUUUACCGUGCUAGUCGUGAUGGCUUUAAGAUUGAAAAAUUUCAUGAAAAAUGUGAUAACAAGGGACCAACACUCGUUGUCAUUAAAGCUCGCGAUUCAAGACAGAUAGUUGGCGGAUACAAUCCACUAAAAUGGUGUAAGGUUAAAGUAGAUGAAAGAAGUUCACUAUUAUCAAAUGAUUUUGAUCAUCGGUGCAAAACAUCCAAUAGUUUUAUAUUUUCAUUAACAAAUCGAACAAUUCCAAUAUUAAGCCGAGUUUCUUCUAAGGAAGAGGCGAUCUUUUGGUGCAGAAAUAAAGGACCAUGCUUUGGCUUGCAAGAUUUGCGCAUCAAUUCAUCAAAUUCCUCUGAUAUUAUUGUUUGCGAAAGCAAAAAACAAUCUUAUGAGAAGAAAAUUCUUAACAAAGAAACUUUUGAGGUAGAAGAAUAUGAGGUAUUUCAAAUUAUCGACGAAAGAUUCCCUCAACGUAUUAAUGGAAUGUUCCAAUUUUCAAUGGAAUUAUUAAAAGAAAUUUUUCAAUUCAUCGUGGAUUGGUUUAAAGAAAGCUUUAAGGAGAAAAUGCUUGAAUUUAUAUCUUAUAUACUUCUUGCUAUCAGAGUUACGAUGUUUAUUUGUUUAUUCCUAACGUAUUUGUGUUUAACGGCACUACUCUUUGUGGUUCCUUUCUUACUAAGCUACUUAUGUUUUCAAUAUAUAGAAUAUCAAAACAUGUUUGCGUUUUUUGGAGUUUAUCUAUUGUCUAUUGUAGCUUUUACUUUAGGAUGUUGUGCAUCUGCAUUUUUCUACUUCGUGAUUUGUAUUGGAUUUGGUCUUAUAGCUUCUCUUCUUUUCCCUGAUCAAGAUUUCGAAGACUUUACGAAUUUUUUAUUGUGUUGCGGGUUACUAUCAAAUGAUUGA